GCCUAUCGCUCUUCCUGUCAUCGGAACUUUCAACUCGCUAAAAAUUAAAGUCUGCGCGUUGGAACACUUGAUUGUGUGUAUUUAAAAAAAAUAAGAGUUUCUUUUGCACAAAAACGGCUGCGGAAGGAAAAAGAGAUAGCGCCCAUGGCAAAAAACGGGAUAUUGCAAACGACCUCUAGCAGCUCAUUAGCGGUCUUUCCUACCUUGAGCAACUCCCAACCAUGGCCGCCACUGCAUUAGGUCGCCCCGCAUUCCCAACUCCCACUUUUACAUCCCUCAGACCUAAACCGCCACUCACCGUCCGACAUGACCCCCCUGGCUCCUUUUCCCAACACAUUUCUGUUGACAUUCGGCCACAUGCCUCUGGCGCGUUCAUUACGGGUGUACCAGGUCUGAAUGCAUGGACCGUGUCUGGCACCGUUCGCAUCAAAAACACUUCUGCCACCAAACACAAGCGGGUCUUGUCGGUUCGACUCGCUUUUCGCGGGUGUGUAGAGACGGUCGUUUUAGAUGACAAGGGGGAUUUAUACCUUGAUGUCAAGGAACUCUUGUCCAAAGAACAAAUCUUAAAUAACCCUGAAGAUAAUGCAGUCUUGCACGAAACGGAAUCGAGGUCGAGUGGAUCGAGUUCAACUGGGGAUGCAAAUACAAAGGGCAUCACCAUUCCACCUUCCGCAUCCGUCACAAUGUCAUUCCAAUUCGAGUUUUCAGAGCCGGAAGGAGGAUUCCAUUUACCCGACUCGAGUAUCAUUGGAGAACAACGGUCAAGCCGCGCUACGAUCCAUUACUUUCUUGAAGCUGCCGUGGUCGCCCAAGGUCGACUCUUGGGUUCCCAGAAACGCUGUUUUCGCAUCCCAGUCCCAUUAGCAUGGUGUCCCACCGCUAUUGCAUCCUACCUCCGUCGCUCCAAUUCACCCAUCCUAUCCCCCACACCCAAAUCAUGGAACCAGUCCGUCCAAGAUCCCCGUCCAGGCCGCUUCCCAUCCUCCAUGCUGGACACCUCGAUCCAAGUAUCGACAACAACCUUGGAACCAGGUCAACCCUUUUCUGUCCAUGUUUUGACGAGUAUCGUUCCAACAGCCGGUAUCCGCAUCUCAAAAAUCCAUGUCAACCUCCACGGAACAGCUCACCUCAAAUCCACUCGAACGAAAUCCCAAAACAAAUUAUCCCUUCCUGCUCUUCAGUGGAUACGUAUACCGUCAACUGACUUGACCGUCAUUCCCUGUCGUAUACCCGCUCCGACUCUGACGCAUCCAAAUUUGAUUCCACCGAGUGUGGAUGUACCCGAUAUGCUCACUCUCUCCUACACCCUCAUUAUUCGCAUCCAACUCGCCAAAACAUCUACAGAUAGAUUCCGGCUGGAGGAUAUUGUUGUUGAAUUUCCGGUUACGAUCCUUGGAUGUGGUCCACGGGCUGCGCGACCUGCUGUUUCCUCCAAAUGGACUGAUAUGCCUUUUGAGAGUGUUCCUGAUGAUGUCGGCCAUGGUUCGGGUCCUGUUCCGUGGGUUCAGCAUCCCAUCAUCCAGCAUCCCACUUUACGUGAUCCAGCAUUGCAACAGCAGAAUGACAAGGCCACCAAAUGGACUGACGUGCCUUUUGGUUCUGCUGCUGAUGAUGUCGGCCACAUUUCCGGUCCUGUUCCGUGGGUCCAGCAUCCCAUUCGAUAUCCCACCUCACACGCUCCAGCAUUGCAACAGCAGACAGACAAGGCCACCAAAUGGACCGACAUGCCCUUUAGUUCUGCUGCUCAUGAUGCCGGCCAUAUUUCGGGUCCUGUUCCGUGGGUCCAGCAUCCCAUUCAAUAUCCCACGUUACGCCAUCCUACCCAGCAAGACCGAACGAACAGGGAUGUAUAUGAAGCUACAGCGAGGUUUUACCCGAAAUUGAAUGAUGAAGUCGAGUUGUGGCCUGGGGAUCGUGUUCUUGUCAAUGAAAUUAUGGAGGAUGGAUGGGCACAGGGAUUCAAUCUCCGCUCAGAACAAUCCGGCGUGUUCCCUAUGGGCGCCGUGAAACGCAUGGAAUAAUUACCAGAGCAAGCAAUAGAUUUUCUUGAUACUAGCACCACACCAUGAACUUUAUAGAGGGCUAGAGUAGUGUUUUGUUUUUGUAGAUAGAUGGUGGGAAAAUAGAAUAGAAUUGGAUGAUAAAUGUUGGUUUUUGUCACUGUUUACCAAGCUCAUCACCAUUGGGGAUAGAUAUUCUAAAAGAUCAUGGACUCUAAUGUUCACGAGGAUAAACUAAAGUGGUGAAAGCGAAUGAACAAAGGGCGGCCUUAAAUGCAA